CCAAUUCUUUCGUAGCCCGCCUUAUAUCUUCAUUCAUUCUUAACACAGCCACAGUUGCCCAAUAGAGCACUUGUUGGUUAGUUGAUUUAGAGUUGCGAGAAGAGAAGCGAAAAUGAGUCGCGGAGCAGCAGCAGGAGCCAAGGGAAAGAAGAAGGGAGCGACGUUCGUGAUAGAUUGCGCUAAGCCUGUGGAGGAUAAAAUCAUGGAUAUCGCCUCUCUCGAAAAGUUCCUCCAGGAGCGGAUCAAGGUCGGUGGCAAGGCUGGUGCUCUUGGUGACUCCGUGACCGUUACACGUGAGAAGACAAAGAUCACUGUCAUAUCCGACAGCAACUUCUCUAAAAGGUAUUUGAAGUACUUGACUAAGAAGUACUUGAAGAAGCACAAUGUGCGAGAUUGGCUUCGGGUGAUUGCAUCAAGCAAGGACCGAAGUGUGUAUGAGUUGCGGUACUUCAAUAUUGCCGAGAAUGAGGGAGAGGAGGAAGACUAAAGAUCAAUUUCAGUAUUUUCUCAGAAUAUCUAUCUGGAUUACUCAUUCUAGGACCUGUGUUUUCUUUUUUUCUUUUUCUGCAAUCAAACCCUGUGGACUUGUUUGGAUUGUUCGUUGAUCUUUGUUAGUUUAUGUUAUAUCGAAAUUUUGGUUACUGAUUAAAUAUUUAGUUUUAUGUAUCACAUGCUUUAAUAUAAUGCAAAUUGGUGUCUAGAGUUUGGUCA